UGAAAUUUGUUGUGCUUUAAAUUAUUGUACAUUCAGAUUUUCCGCCAAAUAUAUGCGUUAUUUUACGUACAAAAACGUCACAAUAUCCAAGGGUUGUAAUAACGUCACGAUAAACAUUCAAAAUGCACACUACUGAGACUUGUUGGACACGGUCUGGAUUCGAAUACUGCAGCGAGAACGAGGUGUGCUGUAGUUCCGGGUUCUAUGAGUAUUGUUGUUGGGACGGUACUGUGGAUUCUGGCGUAGAUUUUGGCGUCAUCGCUGCUAUAGUCCUCUCUCUCAUGUUCGUCACGUUUAUAACGUUGUUGGUUAUCAAAUGUGUGUGUUGUAAAAGCAGAGGACAGCCUGGCCGAGUCACAGGUAGAGUACCCCGGGUCUUCAGUAACAGGACGCAUCCUACCGUGCACGUUAACCCCAAUUACAACACCGUGCCCCCAGCAGCAGCUGUAAGGGAACGCGUGUCAGGGGGGCAGGUGUUUGUCUCUCCGCCAAUCAAAUCACCUCAACCCGACCAACGUUGGCCAGGAGCCCCUCCACCGUACCCGGGGAGCCAACCCACCUACGGGGCACACAACACGAACCAAGGUCAUUCCCAGCCCCACCCUCCCUAUCCCUUACCCAACCACCCCACCCCACCAUACGGACCACACGGACCAGCCCAACAAUUAGCGCCUCCCCUGGGGUUUGACCAGAUGGUGCCUGCACCACACAGAGAGAUGGCUCCACCACCAGGCGGCGUGCAUGGAAACGUUCCUCCUCCGUUUGAUUACAUCCCACCGAAGUGUGAUCUGUAUAGAUAAAUCUUGAGGAAAAUGUGUAAAUAUUAAAAUAUUUUUAUCUGUAUUUUUAAUUGUUGUGUCUGUCUCAUGUUACGUUAUGUUUUACUUUUAUGAUAUGAACUG